GGAGGGGCGCGCCUGCGCACUGUGCUGGUCUCCAUGGCGGGGCCUCGGAGCCAAGACGAGAAAAAAUGCUGGUGUGAAGACAUAAUUAUAGCUUUCAGGUAACUGAAGCCCCAACCAUCAUGAUUUAGUGCCCCCAAAAGGAAGAACUUCAGUGGAAAAGAGAGGGCAUUUCUGGGGAUAGUAGAAUGCUUGAGACCUGAAUUUAAACUCAAGCUCCUUCAUGAAGGUAUUAAAUAAUAGAAGAAAAUGGAAUUGAAUAUGAUACCAGCAUGGAACAAUCUGUUGAUUCAUUAAGAGUCAACCAUAAUGAUUCCGAAGAGUCAAAAACCGAUUCUCAGGUAUUUGAACAUCUAAGCUGUAUGGACUCCAGUGAGCCUUCUUUUGGACAAGAUGGUUCCCCUAGAGUUUUACCCAUUACUACUGCAGUGGAUAAUUCAUUCACAUCACAGAAUAUACCAGGGCCCCUGACUCAGACACAGACUCUUUCUGCAGAGCAAUUCCAUCUAGUGGACCAAAAUGGGCAACCUGUUCAAUAUGAGCUUCAGUCAUUGGGGGAUUCUAAUGAGCAAAUGAUGAUUGUUGCCAGCCCAUCAGAAAAUGGACAGGUGCUGCGUGUAAUUCCAUCUACCCAGACAGGAACGACACAAGUGAUUGUACCUCAGGGGCAGCUUGUGGAUGUGAAUAGUCCUCAGGAUGUCUCUGAAGAGAAACCCAGUGACGGAAACUUACCAACUGUAAGAGUGGAUUCUCUAGCAGACAAUAACAGUAGUUACAUUCUUCAUCCACAUGCAUCCCUCACAUUGCCCAAAAAGACAGUGACCAGAAUACUUGAAGAACCCUUUUUGGCUCCACUCCAGCCACUUUCUUCUAACACACCUAUAUGGGCCUGUCGUCUUAGGAGCUGUGAGAAAAUUGGAGAUUCAUACCGUGGCUACUGUGUAAGUGAGACUGAAUUAGAAAGUGUCCUAACAUUUCACAAGCAGCAAACACAGAGUGUUUGGGGGACCCGCCAAUCUCCAAGCCCAGCCAAGCCAGCUACACGCUUGAUGUGGAAAUCCCAGUAUGUCCCAUAUGAUGGAAUCCCAUUUGUCAAUGCAGGGAGUAGAGCUGUGGUAAUGGAGUGUCAGUAUGGGCCAAGAAGAAAAGGUUUCCAGUUAAAAAAAAUCAGUGAGCAGGAAAGCAGGUCUUGUCAGCUCUACAAAGCUACUUGUCCAGCCCGGAUUUACAUUAAAAAGGUACAGAAAUUUCCUGAAUAUAGAGUUCCUACAGACCCCAAAAUCGACAGGAAAAUAAUCCGAAUGGAGCAGGAAAAAGCCUUUAACAUGCUAAAGAAGAACUUGGUAGAUGCUGGUGGUGUUCUUAGGUGGUAUGUACAGUUACCUACUCAGCAAGCUCAUCAGUAUCACGAAUUAGAGACUCCCUGCCUCCCUUUAUCACCUUCCCCUUUUCCUAUGUCUUCUCUUGAAGAAGAGGAAACUGCAGUUAGAGAUGAGAACUGUACAUUACCCUCACGUCUACAUCCUCAAGUAGCACAUAAAAUUCAAGAAUUAGUAUCACAGGGAAUACAACAAGUGUAUGCAGUAAGGAAACAGCUAAGAAAAUUUGUGGAAAGGGAACUGUUCAAACCUGAUGAGGUACCUGAAAGACAUAAUUUAUCCUUUUUUCCAACUGUAAAUGCUAUAAAAAAUCACAUCCAUGAGGUACAGAAAUCCUUGAGAAAUGGAGAUAAUGUAUAUAACUCAGAGAUUAUUCCAGCAACGCUUCAAUGGACUACAGAUAGUGGGAAUAUUCUCAGAGAGACUGUGACAGUUACACUUGCAGAAGGAAAUUCACAAGGAGAAGCAAUUUCCAGCAAAGUGGAAACAAAUCAGACAAGGGGUUCUUUGUGUCCAGAGCCAGCGCACUUGCUCUCCUCACUUUCUUCAUUUCAGCCAAAAAUAUUCACACAACUACAGGGUUUGCAGUUGCAACCAAGAUUCACAUCUUCUGAUGGAUCACCAGCUCUGAUAUCAGUAAAUAAUCACCCCUCCUCCAGUCCUUCAAGACUUCUGGAUUCAGUAGGAAGUGCUGUAAUGAAUAAUAAUUCUCUACUGCUUGGUCAAACUCAUUGCCUUCAAACAGAUACAUGCCUAACCCAAAACAAUAGUAUUUCCUCUACCAUGGGUAACCUUCCAGGACCCGAUCAAAAUCUGGUUGCAGUGGAUCAGCUGGUGGAAGUUGGAGAUGUUGAGGAUACAGAGAAUCUGGAAGGAAAUGUUCAUCGGAUUCUGCUGGGAAAUGUGCAUACCAUUCCAAUACAGAUUAUAGACAGCCACCCAGCCCUUAUUGAAGAAAGUCCAGAAGGUACCAUUUCUGUGAACCAAGUUAAGCAAGAACCCAAAGAACCAGCAUUAUCUAUGGAAGCAAAAAAAAAAUUGGACUGUAAGAAAUUGUCUGCUACAUAAAUUAUUGAAGCUUUUCAGAAUUUACAACUCUGGUGACUUCUGAUGUCAUAAAAAAGAAGGUGAAUAUUAUCACAGCGCAGCAUUGUGAUAAGUGGACUGAAGACUGGUUUAAUGAGCAGCUUUAAUUUAAAACUGACAUAUUUGUUGCUAACUCCCUAUUUUUACCUUAAGAGAUAUUUUAUUCCUCUUAUUUUGUAUAAUUCUUAUGCUUUUUGAUUAUCUGAUAAGGCCAGUAUUUCAAAAGGUCAUCUGAACGUAUCCAC